AUGAUCCCUAUGUUGAUGUUUAUUUAUAUUUUAAAUUACCUUGAUCGUAACAAUAUUGCUAGUGCUAGGUUGGGAGGUUUAGAAGAGGACUUGGGUUUGGUUGGCAAUCAGUAUCAAGUGUGUAUCUCCAUCCUAUUUGUUGGUUACAUCUUGUUUCAAGUUCCUGGUAAUAUGAUUUUGAACAGGUUUGGUCGUCCUUCGAUUUUCUUAUCAACAGUUAUGACGGUUUGGGGUGUCAUUUCAACGGUGACUGGUGGAGUGCAGAAUUUUGCUGGAUUAGCUGCAACUCGUGUUUUCUUGGGUGUUGCUGAAUCGGCAUUUUUAUGUAGUGCCUUGAUGGUUUUAUCAAUGUGGUAUGAUAAAAAAUCUUUGGCUGCGAGGAACUCACUUUUAUUUGCAGGAUCCCUGAUAAGUUCUGCAUUCAGUGGUUUGUUAGCUGCUGGUAUUUUGGAAAUGGAUGGAUUGGGAGGUAUUGCCGGAUGGAGAUGGUUAUUUAUUUUUGAAGGGGGUAUCACUGUCUUAACGGUUCCAUUUGCUUACUUUGUUUUACCAGAUAAACCGACAAAUACUAAGUUCUUGAACCAAAUGGAGAAGGAUAUCAUUCAAUGGAAGGUGAAGAAAGACUUGGGUGAUGUUGAUGACUCUGACGCCGAAGCGCAAGUCACUACUUGGCAAGGAUUCAAAUUGGCUGUCAAGGACGAGAAAAUGUGGAUGGUUACUGGUCAAGUUAGUUUUUUGAUUGUUGCUUGUGGUAUUGUCAACUUUUUCCCAACCAUUGUUGCCACUUUAAAUUACAAUCGUACAGUCACAUUGUGUUUAACUGCCCCACCUUAUGUUCUUGCUGUUCCAGCAACUUAUUUCUGGGCUAGACAUGCUGACAAAACUGGAGAAAGAUCUUAUCAUGUUGGUAUUCCAUUGGCUCUUGCAUGCGUUUCAUUCAUCAUACCAGUUGCGACAACCAAUUUUGGUGCUAGAUACUUUGCAAUGCUAUUGAUGAUGCCGAGUUUGCUUACAGCGUACGUGCUUAUUAUAACCUACAUGUCCAAUUCUUGUCCUCGACCACCAGCAAAGAGAGCAGUUGCAAUUGCUAUUAUGAUUGGAUUGAGUAAUUCUCCUUACACAUGGACCCCAUUCUUGUACCCAGCAUCAGAUGGUCCACGUUAUAUCAAGGCCAUGAGUUGUAAUAUUGGGGCCCUUGUGUUGGCAAUUGGGUUGGUGAUUUUGUUGAGAAUGCGGUUGAUGCGUUUGAAUAAAAAGAUUGAAAAUGGAACCAUGGAUUGGCAAAAGGAGUUGGGACAAGGUAAUGAUGGUUCUAAGGUUGCUGCUGACUUGAGAUACAUGUAUUAG